GCAUUAAGCUUCACGUGUGGCGUAAUGGCGGCCUUCGUGCGACAUGAAAUCUCCCCUUGCGUUUUAUCUCCAAAUGGAGAAUAUUUUGCUUAUAGAACUCCAGAUGGAAGCUUAAAGAUUUGGGAAACAACCACUGGAACAUUGAAGCAAGAAUAUACCCCAAGUUCGCAUCUUUCUACUACUUGUACUUGUAUGACAUGGGGUCCAGUUCGGCAUGGCUUUUCUUCUCCAAAAAAGAAAAAACGUAAAAAUGCAGAGGAUAACAGAGAAGCUGUGAAGAAUUUAGAUUUAAUUGCCCUGGGAACAGCUUCUGGAAAUAUUUUGCUUUAUAGUGUAUUACAUGGAGACCUGUACUCUCAGUUGGAUGGAGGCCAUAGUGAUACAGUUAAUGAUGUCAGUUGGCAAGUGGAAUCAGAUUCUAUCUUCAGCUGUUCAAGUGAUCAGCAUAUAAUCCAGUGGAGCAUAUCUUCAUGUAAAAUCAGACACAAAUGGAAAGGGGAUCGGAACAGCGUUUAUUCAGUAUGUCCUAUAGAUUCCAAUAAUUUGUUAUCUGCCAGCAGAACUAUCAAGUGGUGGGAUGUAGAGAAGAAGGUAGUGAUUAAGAAAUUUACUGGGCAUGCCACAGAAGUCCUUCGAUUAAUUCCUGUCGUAUUUCCUGGAGAAAGUUCAUUGGAAGGAAGCUACUUUGUGUCUAUAGCAGCAAAUGACAGAUUAAUCAAUGCAUGGCAGUUGAAAAAAGACAAAGAUAUCCAUGCAGCAGCAGCUUUCACAGUAACAGAAGAACCUACCAACAUAGAUGUGAGCAACUUAAAAUCCAGAGAUCAGCCCAUUACAUUAUCUGUAGUUAUGAUGAAUGGUGCACUGUGUGUUUUUGAGCAUCAAUUAAAUGGGAAAUGCAAGAAACCUCUUACUCCCAAAUCCACAGUACAGAUAGCUUCUGAAGGAAGCGAAGAUGGGAUAGAGAAACCUAAACCUAUUCCAAUUCUUGCUGCCCACGUAUUUGCAUCUGCUAAAUCGUCUGUUUUGAUUGCUCAUGGUAACUUUAUCAAGCCAACAUUUGAAAAGUUGUUUUUAGGAGACUGUAAGCCAGAGACCUGGUUGGUACGACAGGAUCCUGCUAAAACCAUAGUGACAGUGGAAACUGAUGUUACUAAGUUAAAACAACCAGAAAAAGGUAAAGUAGUCAAGUAUCUAGCUCCAGAUCACAUGGUACCUGCUGGACCAAUAGAAGAUGGAGAUCUUUCUCUCGGGAAAAGAAAACGUGAAUUAGCUAAUAGUAAUGAAUUACCCAUGGAAGAGAGACUAAAUGCCUUACAUCUUGAAAAACUUCCUGAAACAAGUAGUUCUAAAGGCACUCCAAGAGCUGAUAAUAUGGUUCACCUAUUGCUUCAAGGUCUUCAGAGCAAAGAUUCAAAACUACUAAAUAGUGUUCUGUACAGAGAUGAUGAAACUAUGAUAUUAAACACAGUUAAGAGGCUUCCAAGAGAGAGCAUUGGACCCUUGAUUCUGGAGUUACAUAAAAGAUUGUAUUGUCGGGGUCGCAUGGCACAAAUUUACCUCUGUUGGGUUCACACAGUGUUAAGGAUUCACUCAAACACAAUAAUUCAGCAAAAAGAUGCAGACAGUUUGCUUGGUCCUCUAGAAGAACUUGCAGAAGCCAGGAUACAAGUAUUAGAUCAGAUGUCAAGAUUACAAGGAAGUCUUGACCUUAUUCAGAGUCAGCUUAUGGCAAGAGAGGAAGCAAGAAGCAUAGACAUUCCAUCUGAUGCUUUACUUGUUUAUCAUGAAGAAUCAUCAGAUGAAGAAACUGGAGUUGUUGAUCUCUUACCAAUUCAUUCAGAAUCAGAAGACAACUGGGAAGAACUAUCAGACAUGGAAGAUGAUGAGGAGGAAGAUAUUGAAAUGGGUGAAAGACAUAGUAAAACCAGUGAAGACAGUGCUGACAGUGUAUAAAUAAAUGAAAACUGAAUGAGUUGAAAAGAGGCCUUUGUUGAAAUAAAUAUUUUAUGGACUUUUGCUCUAUGUGCAGUGUAUCUGCAGUCCAUUCACCUAUAACAGACAGGUUUAGUGGCAGUUGAACUUUACAGUUUGUUUUUUCAGUUCUCACUUGUGUCAUCAUCAGUGUAAUUGUUUCAUUUGUUAGAUAAGUAAGAAUGGUUUGGGUAAGAAAUUUUAGCAGUUGGGAAGAUCUAAAUUAUAUUUGUCAGUUUAUAAUUAGGGUAUGUGAAUUGUGCAAAUAUAUAUAGUCUGAUUUAAGAAAAAGUGAUUCUUGAAAAUUUUCUAAAAUUUAUUUAUCCAAUCUUUUCAGAUACUUUUCUUCCUAGGUCUUACUUGAAGACAAAAUUUUAUCAAAAUGAAGUCAACCUGUACAAAUUGCCAUUAAUUAAACAUUUUCAUGUGAAAAAUAUCAGAUAUGUUGUUGUAUAAUGUUUUUGGUUUUUCAUAAUUUACUAUUUGAAGCUUUAAAGUGAUCACACAUUAAGUUUCAAAUAUUGGAAGUGUUUAAAAAACAAUGUCAGGUUCUUAUCUUUAUUGUUUAUUGAAAAAUCAAAGGAUAACUAUUGUUCAUUCCUCCUUAACAUUUGGGUGGUGAGCUAGUAAUAAAGGUUAGCAGAUAAUCUUGGUAUAAAAUAAUGCACACAAUUUUCUUGAGUAUUUUCAUUUAUAAAUAAAAUGGAAUUGUUUCUUUUUGUGACUUAAAAUUCUUUCAUAUUUGCCAUUUCUGUAAUCUAAGUUGAUGUAUAGUUUCAACUACAAGUGUUAUGGGUUAAUUCCUAUCAAAGGAAUAAUGUUUACACAGGCUGUUUUCUUUAAUUAUUUAAAAAGUUGUUUACUAUAUUCUGAUCAGUAGUGCGUACUGACACUGCUCUAAAUAACUCACUGCAAAAAUUUAUAUUCUAUGAAGAGCAUUUAGUUUGUUCAGAACUAAAAUUAGCUUAGUAAUUUACACAAGUGAAAGUGUCAAAUAUGUAAGAAAGAAUUUUGUUUUUUUUGUCAGCAUAAUAAAUAAUUGAAAGAAAUUAUAUGUAAAUUGAUUCUUAAAGUUUAUGGUUAUAAUGUUGAAUAACUAUUAUUGUAAAACGUUUUCUAUACCACAUUAUAAUUUAAACAAUAAUAUUAUAAUGUAUAAACUUGUGUGUAUUUUUUAUGGUGACAAGGUACAAGUUGUUUAGUGAAAGUAUGUAUCCUUAUAAUCUUUACACAUUUCAACAUAAGCUGAGAAGCAUCCCAAGGAAUGAUAGGGAUGAAAAGUAGAUUUCAAUAAAGCAUACAUUAAGCAUUAAAACAGUAAUCAGUUUGAUUGGUGCAUUUUUUUUUUAUUAUUGUAUGGUAGUGUAUAUAUUUUAUAAUGCCCAUAGAGCCACACAAGUUAAACUUACUGUAUUUUUAUAUAUGUAAGUUUACACAUUAUUGCUCCUUGGCUGUAGAUGCUUAACUACCUUUCAGUCUAUGCUGCUUUACAUGUUUGAGUAUGUGCAAAAACAUGUAUGUAUAUAUGUUUACAAUUUAAUAAAAAUUAAAAGCAUCUGGUGCUUUUUUUUUCUAUGGUAAUGUAUUAACAAAAUAUACAUCUGAUAUCUUUUAAUCUUGUGAUUUGAAUUUUUGGGGGGAGUUUUAUGUAAGAUCUUGUGGUAGUAAAAUAUAUUGUGUUCUUACUCAGUAAAGAGAAUCUUUCUGAUAAAUCGUUUAUAUCAACUCUAUAAUGUUUGGUAUGAAGUAAAUUGAUCAAGUCAUUAGAGAAUAGAUAUAUAGUAAUAAAUAAUAUAGGAAUGAAGAAAGUUAGUACUGAUAUUAAAAACAUUCAUCUUAGAAAAAGAUUAUAUAUGUUAACAUAUAUAUAUAUAUAUAUAUAUAUAUAUGUUUGUUGUUAUUUUUUAACUGUAUUUCUUUAAUUUACGUAAUUUUAUUUCAUUCAUGUGAAGAUAAUUACGUGAUUGUAAGAAAAGGAAAGUAUUUUUUGGCUGUUUAUUGUAUGAGUAUUUGUUUGUGUCUGUUAAAGGUGAUUGGACUAGUGCUGAAAGGAUGUAAUCUUAACAAGGUAUUUGUAUAAAGAUACAAUUUUUAUCUUCUUGA